AUGGCCUCUGCUAACAUUGACCCCGCCGGAGCCGCCGCCCUAAGGCCGCCCUCCGGAUCACGGAGCGUUGCGACUUCGCCCGCUCCUGCCUCGCUUUCUGGGUCCUCCCCGUCGGAGAAGAGGACUCGUCCGCCUGGUCCACCCCCGCCUGUGCCUGGUGCCCGCCUUUUUCCCUUUCGCCCUGCACCGGCUCCGCCGUUUGAUGACAAGUGCGAGUACGCUUCGGAUGACGUCCUUCUUUUCUGGAAACCUCCGUCUGUGUUCUCGCAAUGGACUCCUUUGGCUUUUGACGUACUGGGGGUACGUUAUCCAUGUGGUGAGCAUUUCAUGAUGUCUGAAAAUGCGAAGUUGUCUGGAGAUAUGACGUCGUAUGACAAAAUUAUGGCUGCAACAGAUCCUAAGACACACAACCCCUUUGAUCGUGUUUGGGGUAUCGGCAUGUCUGCAUGCUUUCCAGAUGCUAGCGAUCCAUCCAAGUGGGCGGCUAACGAAGCCAGCCCCUUCGAUCGUGUUUGGGGUAUCGGCAUGUCUGCAUGCUUUCCAGAUGCUAGCGAUUCAUCCAAGUGGGCGGCUAACGGUAAGAACUUGUUGGGAAAAGCUUUGAUGCAAGUUCGACGCCUUUUGCGUGAUCAUCCCCUCUCUGGCGAAGAUUUCCCCGCUUCCAAUUCUCCCACGCCCCCCAUUUCGCAGCCUCCUCUCCAUGGACAUCGACGCAUUCAUGAGGUUGCUACUGCUACAGGUUCUUCGCUACGGAAGGACCCGGGCGAAGACCCAGCUUGUCUACGUUUGGACGCUCCGGGGGACCAUGCUCCUGGCGUUCAUCUGGUGGCAUCGACCUCCGCUUGUGCAGACCAGCUCCCUCUUCUCGAACAUGGACCCGAUCUGGUCGGCGGCACGCUCCUGUUGGACUCGGACUCAUACACCACCCGGGUCCUGCUGCAUGGAGGGAACUCGGGAAUUUCUUUGGGGCCGGAGCCUGCACUCGUUGAGGUGAACCUCGUUCGUUCUUCUGGCAUGCCUGCGCUGAUUGGAGAGUAUCUGGUAUCGCUCAAACCCGAAGCGGGUUGUGCCGAGCUCGAGCCGGGAGACGUAUUUGGAGUGUCUGCCGCGCCGCUACUACGAGUACAGGUGGAAACCCUGAAGGCGGCACCAUCUUCGAUUCCUACCGGCCCCACAACAUCUACAUCACCACCUCGGGUCAACGCCGUUGGCCCCAAGUCCGGGACUCACCGCUCUCCGGACCCAGCCUCCGCCCCGCCUCCUCCGAAGCCGCCUCCACAAGAACUACUUGACCGCUUCUCUGAGGCACAGCGCUCCAGCUUCAUGCGCUUGUGGGCUAGGCUGCCCGCACAUAUGCACGACAUCGCUUUCGAUCUACACAAUCCGGGAUGGACACCGGAGGCUAUUGAUCGUUUGGCCGACGCCCUUGUGGAAUAUUCUGACGUGACCACUCGUCUGCCGGAUACUGGCGUGCCCCGUGUCUACGUGCCAAUGCUGAUGCGUCCGUGGGUCCUUCAUGCAUGCCAUACGGCCGCGUCAUUCCAUCUCGGCGUCCAUCGUACACAGCGUCUGCUCGAGCGCUUCUACUGGUGGAUUGGUUUGGAUCGUUCCGAUCGCUGGUGGCUUCGGGCGUGUUUGGUGUGUCAAGCUCGCAAGACUUCACGUCAGACUGCUCGGUGGCCCGUCAUCGCUAUGCCAUUGCCGCAGGGGCCUGGUACGGUCGUCGGCGUCGACUUCUUCGGACCUCUGCCAGUGACUGCCAAGGGCAACUCCUACAUUUUGUUGUUCACAGACCGUUUCAGUCGGAGAGCCGACAUGUUCGCAGUUACAGCGGCGGAAUUUACGGCGAGAGGGACGGCUCACAUCUUCGUCAACCAAUACAUGACCAAGUGGGGAUGUCCGACUACGUUAUUGUCGGACAACGGACUGCAUUUCUGCUCGAAGCUCUCCAUGGCGAUCUACGAGGUGAUGAAGAUCAAGAAGGUCACCACCAGCUCCUACCACCCACAGACCAACGGCGGCACGGAACGCGUCAACCACACGAUGGCCCAGAUGCUUGCGGUGGUCGUCAACGAACAGCAAAACGAUUGGGACAUACAUCUCCCGCACGUUGAGUUUGCCUACAACAAUUCCGUGAACCAGUCUACUGGAUUAGCGCCAAACGAGAUCCACAUCGGACGCAUCCCGCGACUCCCGCUUUCGGUCUUCGAUCGUCCCACGGUAGGUGGUCAUCAAAGCUUGGCCCGCGAUCAACUCGAGUAUUGCAACCUGGCUGGCGAUCGCCAGCGCCGGGCCUACGAACUUGUCCGUGAGUACAACGCGCUGAAGAUUUCGCGAGUCGAACGCCGAAAUUCAUCCCUGCUGGACGCCAUCCACAAGCUCCCUCAGUUUACCGUUGGCGGGUGGGCUUGGGUGUACAACACGGCUGCUACAAUUCGACAGGGUGUGUAGAAGGACACGGACCAACAGGUGCUCAAGGCCAAAUUCGCACUUUCCUGGACGGGGCCCUACAAAGUUCUUGCGGUGGGUCCCACCUCUGCCGACGCCACUCCGGACGGCCGCCCGUUGGCGCAUAAACUCCUCUACCUGGACCUGCCUUCCGAUCUUUCCGGCCCGGCAGCUCGUUGUCGCGU